AUGGCAGACUACUCUAUCGAUGCCAAUGUCCCAGAGAUGGCCUCGCCUCCGCCCAACACCGAGAAUCCAAGCGAGUCCUCCUCCUCCAGCGCGAUCCUCGAGCCAACAGCAACGGAAACAGCGUCCGUCCAUCUCGACGCGACUUUCCUGAAAGAGAAGAUCAGCAAGAUCGAGACCACCCUGGCGACGAAGAGACAAGAAAUCGACGAACUAUGCCAAUCCCUGAUCGAACACGUGCGCCUUCUCGAGACCGCAGAAGCCAUUUUCGAAGCAGCCGGCAAACUCGAAGUCGACCCAUCCAGUUCCAUAGUCGCAGCCGCAGCCACCUACAACAUCGACAACAAGACUGGAGUCAUGAUGCGCUAUCCAGCAGCCAUCACUCUCCACGUCAGCAUCCAAGUCGAAGGAAAAGUGCCCCGAUCGACGCACAGCUUCGACCUCUCCGCCGCCACGUCGCCCACCCUGCCGGAACUGCGCAACGCCAUUGUGUCGGCUGGAUCGGUCAAUCGGACCUUGCAGAGAAUGACGCUGUGGCAAGACGACCAUCUCGAGCGCUUCGUCAAGGAUCUCGACCACGUCACGUUCCGCCUACAGGAGGAUGGUCACAUGGCUGCGAUGAACGUCACUCCCACCAAUAUCACUCGCCAGUGCGCCUUUCCCGACAUGGAGUACAAGGCUUGGUUUUACAGAAACGUGCAACGCGGCAAGAUGACCCGCUAUGAUGUGCAGGUCUCCAUAGUCGUGUAG